UGCUCCACGGUUGACUUGGAAAACACUGUUUCAAUCAAAGGUAAAAUGUUAUUUGAAUUAAGCACCGCAUUGCAUUAUUGCCGUUGUUUCCUAGCAACGAUGACGACAGCUGUAACGUCAAUUCAACGAAGUGAACUGUUACCAAUUUUGUUGUUACUUUUCAACAAAUUCAUAACACGCAAAUUGUUCUUGUUGAAAAAGCUUUAGGAUCCUUUGCAGAGUAAGCUCCAUUUUGCUGUGAAGUGGAAGACGUAUUUGCUGUUGGAAAAAUUAAGAAAUUUGAAAUGGAAACUGACAGAAGAGACUCGGCCAUGCUUUCGAAUUCCGACGUCGAAAGAGCGGCAUUCAACGUUGGCCAAGACGAAAGAAAAGAGCUGCUCUCAAUUGGCCACUUUGCACAGAAUUUCGAUAAUUGUGAAAUAAAAAAAGAGGAAACCGAAGAACAAUUUGUCAAUGACGAAGAGAACGUCCUGGCAUUCAACGUUGGCCAACAAGAGAGGAAAGAGAUUUUCCCAAUUAACAACUAUGCACAGAAUGCCGAUAAAUGUGAAAUUAAAAAAGAGGAAGCCGAAGAACAAAUUGUCAAGGUCCAAGUUGGAAAAAACGUCCAGGAGUUGACAUUCACAAAAAGAAUUGGCGCCCUGAAGCGCGAUAUAUGCCACUCGUUCAACAUUAAAAAGAAAAGCAGAUUUGUCAUGCUGAACGAGAAUAAGAAGAAACUUUCAGAAAUAAGACCAGGGAUGACAAUUCUUUUAAAGUUCCUGCCGAAGAAAAAAGAACAUACGAUGAAGUUCUACUCCUCAAAUGGAACUACAUUCAACUUUUACGGUUGUUCGAUUGACAAUUUUUUUAUGGAAAUUUAGAACUUUUUCGUUUCUAUUUGCAUUUUUGAAUUGUUUGUUUAUAAUGUUUCGAUUAAUGUUAUUUUCCAAUUGUUGAAAUUACCUGAAUGAAAUGUUGAAAUUAAAAUUAAUGAAAUUAAUGAAAUUAUAUUUUCAUUAAAUGUUGAGAAAAGUUACCAUAUUUUGAUUGAUGUUCAAUACUCUGCUUAAUUUACCCUAGAGAAGGGUUGCAAUUUUUUAUUGGGUUACGGGAACAGUUUAUUGCCAAAACGGGGCAACUAGAAGAACUGUUUGACUACAGACACCUUGGGGGCCCGCCCCAAUGUAACAGCGCUAAAGACUCUACCGGUUUCAACCCAUCUCCUCCCCCUUUUCGUUUUCUCUUGGGGUAUUUUAUUUGACUAGUGCAGGGGCCAGCAAUGUAAGAAAGUUUUCUUCUACCCCCAUAGCCCCUUUUGUGGCAAACCUUUUCUUGACGCUGUUUUACUUGUGUACUGUUGUUCAAUGUAUUUUGUGUAAUCUAAAGUUUUCUCAAAAUGAAUAAUUUAGGCUGUUUUUCAUUAUUUUAGUUAGCGAAAACUAGGAAAGCCCUCUGUGGCACAGCCCUGUACUUUAAUGAGACUAUCGAACUAUUUUCGAUAAGACAAAUUCAUAUUUAUUGCAUCUUUUCACGCCAUAAUCAUUUCAAUCAAAGAAAAUGUC